CGGAAGCUGGAGGCUCGCGCCCGCGGAGCACACGGUUCCGGAGGAGGGAGCGCCGCGGCCCGGGCUUGCUCGGCCGCGCGCCCCGCCCCUCGGAGGCCGGGCUCCAGCGCUCCCCCGCUCCCCCGCCAGCUGUGUCUGCGGGUCCUCCGGGCUCUGGCUGCGGGUCCCAGCCGCCUCCAUCUACUCGGAUAUAGGAGCAAAGAGCCGCCUGGAGCUGGAAGCAAAGGGACGUGGGGGUGGCCACGGCAGGAUUAACCUCCAUUUCAGCUAAUCAUGGGAGAGAUUAAAGUCUCUCCUGAUUAUAACUGGUUUAGAAGUACAGUUCCCCUUAAAAAGAUUAUCGUAGAUGAUGAUGACAGUAAAAUAUGGUCGCUUUAUGAUGCGGGCCCCAGAAGUAUCAGGUGUCCUCUCAUAUUUCUCCCCCCUGUCAGCGGAACUGCAGAUGUAUUUUUCCGGCAGAUUUUGGCUUUGACUGGAUGGGGCUAUCGGGUUAUAGCUUUGCAGUAUCCAGUUUAUUGGGACCAUCUUGAAUUCUGUGAUGGAUUCAGAAAACUUUUAGACCAUUUACAAUUGGAUAAAGUUCAUCUAUUUGGGGCUUCUUUGGGAGGCUUUUUGGCCCAAAAGUUUGCUGAAUAUACUCACAAAUCACCUAGAGUCCAUUCCCUCAUCCUCUGCAAUUCCUUCAGUGAUACCUCUAUCUUUAACCAAACUUGGACUGCAAACAGCUUUUGGCUGAUGCCAGCAUUUAUGCUCAAAAAGAUAGUUCUUGGAAACUUUUCGUCUGGCCCAGUGGACCCAAUGAUGGCUGAUGCCAUUGAUUUCAUGGUGGACAGGYUGGAAAGUUUGGGUCAGAGUGAACUGGCUUCAAGACUUACCCUGAAUUGUCAGAAUUCUUAUGUGGAACCUCAUAAAAUUCGGGACAUCCCUGUAACCAUAAUGGAUGUAUUUGACCAGAGUGCACUUUCAACUGAAGCUAAAGAAGAAAUGUACAAACUGUAUCCUAAUGCCCGGAGAGCUCACCUUAAAACUGGAGGCAAUUUUCCCUACCUGUGUAGAAGUGCAGAAGUGAAUCUUUAUGUACAGAUACAUUUGCUGCAGUUCCAUGGAACCAAAUAUGCCGCCAUUGACCCAUCUAUGGUCAGUGCUGAGGAGCUUGAGGUGCAGAAAGGCAACCUCAGCAUCAGCCAGGAGGAGCAGUAGAUGUGGCCUUUGCUGUUGCUGUGAGGUGACCCAGUGUGUUCUUGUACAAUCAGUGGCGUCAGCACCACCAGUCGGCCUCUUCCUUCAGGCUCGUCAGGCUCACCGGUUCUCACUGUGUUUUGGAAGUAGGACUGAUUGUCAUCUUGACAGGCAGCAGCUCUUCUAUGCCAGUGUAACUAACUGUCCCCACCUCAAUUUUUUUAGCUUUUGAAAUUGAAAAAAUACUUUUGAAGACUCACAUUUUACAAAUUGUGAAAAUUUACUAUCAAAAGUCUUCACCAUUGUGUUAAGUGAAUACUAAUUUCUGAGGUUUGGGAUUCUGGGGUUUUUCCUUUUUCUGUUUCCUGUCUUCUUGAUUUUUUGUUCUUUGCUGUAAAUGUUCACAUCCAGGUCAUGUAUCAAAAGGACACUGGUUUUUUUAUGCUUUCUUGGCAUAGCCAUCAUCAGAGAGCUAAGGCUGGCACUCUGCUGUUAGGUUUCCUGCACAUCAACUACUUUUAAUUUCCAGUUAAGCACAUUAUUUGGAGUGUUAGCUGUUUUCUUUCUAGCCAUUAUGUUCAUUUGGAAUAAAAAUUAAGUUUCAGUGA